GGCCCGGCGCGGCGGUGAGGUCAGUGCCGCGCGCCGCCGCUGCUCUCCACCCCCCGCCCGUCUCCCUCCCUCCCUCAGCCCGGCCGCAGCCGAGACCCCGCCGCACGCCGUCGCCCCCCGAGGCCAGGCGCUCGCCAUGGAGCUGGCGGACGGCGUGGUGUACCAGGAGGACCCCGGCGGCCCCGGCCCCGCCAUGAUGUCGGAGCGGGUGUCGGGGCUGGCGGGCUCCAUCUACCGCGAGUUCGAGCGGCUCAUCGGGCGCUACGACGAGGAGGUGGUGGCCGAGCUGAUGCCGCUGGUGGUGGCCGUGCUGGAGAACCUGGACUCGGUGUGCGCCCACAGCCAGGAGACCAGCGUGGAGCUGGAGCUGCUGCGGGACGACAACGAGCAGCUCCUCACGCAGUACGAGCGGGAGAAGGCGCUGCGCAAACAGGCCGAGGAGAAAUUCAUUGAGUUUGAGGAUUCUCAAGAACAAGAGAAAAAGGACUUGCAGACCAGAGUGGAAGCAUUAGAAUCACAAACUCGACAGCUUGAACUAAAAGCAAAGAACUAUGCUGAUCAAAUUAGCAGACUUGAGGAGAGGGAGGCAGAACUCAAGAAAGAAUACAAUGCUCUUCAUUCAAGACAUACAGAGAUGAUUCACAAUUAUAUGGAGCACUUGGAAAGAACCAAACUUCAUCAGCUAACAGGGGGUGAUCAGUUAGAAUCCACAACGCACAGUAGAAUUAGAAAGGAGCGGCCGAUAUCGCUGGGCAUCUUCCCAUUACCUCCUGGAGAUGCACUGCUCACACCUGAAGCUCAGAGAGAAGCAGGGGAAACACCUGGGUCAGAGCACUGGAAAUUCCAUGAGCUAAGCCAGCCACGGUCCCACACAAGUCUGAAGGAUGAGCUCUCUGAUGUUAGCCAAGCAGGCUCAAAAACUACCACUCCAGCAUCCACAGCUGCUUCAGAUGUACCUGCACUGCCUGCUGAAACUCCUCAAAAGGAAGAUGCUGAGGGAUUUGCUAAGGGCACAGACAUGCAGAAUGAGAAGCCGGACGUAAGCAAGAAUAUUGAAGUACAGGUAGCUCAAGAGACAAGGAAUGUGUCCACUGGUGGAAAUGAAAAUGAAGAAAAAUCUGAAGUUCAAGCGAUCAUUGAGUCAACUCCAGAGCUGGAUAUGGAUAAAGAUCUCAGUGGAUAUAAGGGUUCCAGCACUCCUACCAAAGGCAUAGAGAACAAAGCAUUUGACCGUAAUACGGAAUCACUCUUUGAAGAGCUGUCAUCUGCUGGCUCUGGCUUAAUUGGAGAUGUGGAUGAAGGUGCAGACUUACUGGGAAUGGGUCGUGAAGUGGAAAACCUUAUUUUGGAAAACACACAGCUGUUGGAAACAAAGAACGCACUGAAUGUGGUGAAGAAUGAUUUAAUAGCAAAGGUGGAUGAACUGACCUGUGAGAAGGAUGUCCUGCAAGGUGAAUUAGAGGCUGUAAAACAAGCAAAGCAAAAGCUUGAAGAGAAGAAUAAAGAACUGGAAGAGGAGCUUAAAAAAGCUCGUGCAGAAGCAGAGGAAGCAAGGCAAAAAGCUAAAGAGGAUGAUGAUAGUGAUGUCCCCACCGCUCAGCGGAAGCGCUUUACUCGUGUUGAGAUGGCUCGUGUUCUGAUGGAAAGAAAUCAGUAUAAGGAGAGGCUGAUGGAACUUCAGGAAGCUGUCCGAUGGACUGAAAUGAUAAGAGCAUCACGAGAAAAUCCAGCCAUGCAAGAAAAGAAGAGAUCAAGCAUUUGGCAGUUCAUGCCCACUCGUUUUAGCAGGCUCUUCAGUUCAUCUAGCAAUACAGCUAAGAAACCAGAACCUCCUGUCAACGUUAAAUAUAAUGCUCCAACCUCACAUAUUACUCCAUCAGUCAAGAAAAGAAGCAGCACCUUAUCUCAGUUACCUAGUGACAAAUCUAAAGCCUUUGAAUUCCUCAGUGACGAAACUGAAGCCAGUUUAGCCUCACGCAGAGAGCAGAAAAGAGAACAGUAUCGCCAAGUGAAAGCUCAUGUCCAGAAAGAGGAUGGUAGAGUGCAAGCAUUUGGCUGGAGUCUACCUCAAAAGUACAAACAGGUGACAAAUGGUGGCCAAGGUGACAAUAAGAUGAAAAACUUACCUGUACCUGUUUACCUGAGACCUUUAGAUGAGAAGGAUACCUCUAUGAAGCUGUGGUGUGCUGUGGGAGUAAACCUGUCAGGAGGGAAGACACGGGAUGGUGGGUCCGUGGUUGGUGCCAGCGUAUUUUACAAUGAUGUGGCUGGCACGGAUGCAGAUGGCAACAAGCAGCGCACAGGAUCUCAAAGUAGCUUAGACAGACUAGACCAGGAGCUCAAGGACCAGCAGAAGGAGCUGAAACAUCAGGAAGACUUAUCCAGUCUAGUCUGGAUCUGUACAAGCACACAUUCUGCUACAAAAGUUAUCAUUAUUGAUGCUAAUCAACCAGGAAAUAUUCUGGACAGUUUCAUUGUUUGUAAUUCUCACGUGCUUUGUAUUGCUAGUGUACCAGGAGCAAGGGAAACAGACUAUCCUGCAGGAGAGGAAGGGUCUCAAGAAGUGGAUCCCAAUCAGGUGGACAAGUCAUCUCUGUGUGGAAGUAUGACAAGCAACAGCUCUGCUGAGACUGAUAGCAUGCUGGGAGGAAUAACAGUGGUUGGCUGUACUGCAGAGGGUGUUACAGGAGCACCUGUAGGUCAUAGUGCAAACGGUGCCUCACCAAUGGCAGAGAAACAGUCAGAUAUUGCAAAUGAAAAUAAUUCAGUAGAUGACAACAUUCCAACUGCAGAAGAGGCGACAGAAGCAACAGAAGUCAGUGCAGGGACAGAAGAUAUAACUGAUAUUGGACAAACUGGAGUCUAUACAGAGCACGUCUUUACAGAUCCUCUGGGAGUGCAGAACACAGAGGCGUCUCCAGUAUACCAGCCUGGCACUGAGUCAGAGCUAUAUAAAGAUGUUGCAGUUUUGCCAAAUGAACAAGAUCUAGUGAGAGAAGAAGCACAGAAAAUGAGUAGCCUUUUACCAACAAUGUGGCUUGGAACACAGAAUGGAUGCCUCUAUGUUCAUUCGUCAGUGGCUCACUGGAGGAAAUGUAUUCAUGCCAUUAAACUUAAAGAUUCUAUUCUCAGUAUUGUACAUGUGAAAGGAAUAGUAUUAGUUGCACUAGCUGAUGGAACACUAGCAAUAUUUCACCGAGGAGUUGAUGGUCAGUGGGAUUUGACAAACUAUCACCUCUUAGACCUGGGCCGGCCGCAUCAUUCUAUAAGAUGCAUGACAGUGGUGCAUGACAAAGUCUGGUGUGGCUACAGGAACAAAAUCUAUGUUGUUCAACCAAAGGCCAUGAAAAUAGAGAAGUCAUUUGAUGCACACCCAAGAAGAGAAAGCCAAGUGAGACAGCUGGCAUGGGUGGGUGAUGGGGUAUGGGUGUCGAUUCGUUUGGACUCUACCCUGCGUCUCUAUCAUGCACACACGUAUCAGCACCUGCAAGAUGUGGACAUUGAACCUUAUGUAAGCAAAAUGUUAGGUACUGGUAAACUGGGAUUCUCAUUUGUGAGAAUCACAGCUCUUAUGGUGUCUUGUAAUCGUUUAUGGGUAGGAACAGGAAAUGGUGUCAUCAUCUCCAUUCCGUUAACAGAAACUGUAAUCCUCCACCAGGGACGUUUACUGGGGCUGAGGGCUAAUAAAGCAGCCGCAGGCUCUGGAAACCGUCCAGGUAGUGUAAUUCGUGUAUAUGGAGAUGAGAACAGUGACAAAGUGACUCCAGGAACCUUCAUACCAUAUUGUUCAAUGGCACACGCACAGCUUUGCUUCCAUGGGCACCGUGAUGCUGUCAAAUUCUUUGUGGCAGUACCUGGUCAGGUUGUUUGCCCACAGGGUAGUGGUGGAACUGAGCUAACAAGUGACAAGCCAGCCCAAGAGUCCUUCAGCCAGGGUCCCUUAAAAUCAAUGUUGGUGAUAAGUGGUGGAGAAGGAUAUAUUGACUUCAGAAUGGGUGAUGAAGGUGGAGAAUCUGAACUUCUUGGAGAAGCUCUACAACUUGAACCUUCCGUAGCCAAAGCUGAGAGGAGUCACUUAAUAGUGUGGCAAGUAAUGUAUGGCAGUGAGUGAGCCUGUAGGAUGCAGCUUGGAGACCUUAAACUAAAAAGAAAAGGAAAAAAAAGCGCUUCUGCAUGUUUUUUAUUUUGUGAGACCUGUUUCACUACAUGAUGUUGAAGCAUUUCUUUGCUGUCUAACUUUUAUAUUGCAAAUCUGUCAGACCUUUAACUAUACAGGAAUUAGCUUGUGCUGUUUUACUGCACCUUUGUUACAUGGAACAGUAUAAUGAAAUCAGAACUUUCUCAAAACCGGUGUGCACACCAUGAUAAGCAAUCGAGACGUUAGUUUUACUGUACCACAGCAAUCCAAUGUAGUUCACUUCUUUGGUUAUCUCGCUGGAGUUUGGCUUUACUACGACUGAGCUUCAUUUCACUGUAUAAUGCAUUGAGUAAAACAGCAAAGUUAUUCCCAGGGUAUUUAAGAAAAAAAAAGGGCAAAUUAUAGGAUUAUCAGGGCUCAUCCAAACAUUCAGUCAGAGCUGAAGCAAAUUGUUCCAACUUUUGUUUCCAAACCUUGAAAGUCUUGCUUACAUCAUGUAUGCAGAUUAAUUUGUUACUUUUAUCAGAAUUUCUGGGGGGGAAAGAGGAGAUUGUAUAGAAGUGAUGGUAUUUAAAUAAAAUGACAUGUUUCACUGCUGAACCUUAAAGUUUGAGAACUGCUACCCUCAAUCAGCAAUUUCAAACGUAGCAUUUUUCCCAUCUCCCUGACACAGAUACGUGUGAACAACUGUUUCCAAAGGGUGUUCUUAGGAUGAUUUAAGCUUAAGAAUAAUCGUAGAGUUCUUGAACAAGGGAUACACCUUGUCUUUAUUUUUUUGUCUUAACUCCAUAUGUCCUAAUCACUAGAAUGAUCUUCUCUGCCUCGCUGGUCGAACUCAUGAGUCACUACGUGUGUGAAGGUUAAAGACCUCAAUUAGAGCACGAGAAAAGACAGAGUGUACAGGAAAAAAUGCAUCCUGCCCAAGUGAGAUUGGAAAUGAACUUUAGUGCCAGAUGACAAGGUACAAAGUGUAUUUUUUGUAGCUGCGUACACCCAUUUAGUCCCACCCAAAACGUGUAGCAAUGUUAGCAGGUAACACUAAGAUGGAGUAAACUGUUGAAAGUCAGGAGACUCUAAUAUCAGGCUGACAUUCUGUCUACUCACCAUCUAUUUUUUUAACCAUAAGUGUGAGUUGAAGACUGUCUUCCUUUUACAUUGAAUUUCCUACACUGGUAUCAGACCUAACUUAACCAGUCCAUGAUUUCUGUUCUUCAGAAAAUUUUGAAACCCAAAUUUGCUCUUUCAUUUGUUCUCUAAAAAGCAAAAGUUGGAGGGGUUUUAAUUAACAUCCAGCAUUUACCCCGGGAAGACUGGGACUGAUCUGUGAGUGCUGAACAGUUUCAGAGAAGUAAGUGUAGGAACACUUUUUAAAACUGCCUAAACAUUUUUAUGCAAUAGGAGCAGUUCUGGUCUAUCAGGCAAACAUGUGUUUAUAUAUUUUCUUAAUUUUUUAAAUGAACACAUUUAGCUGAGGUCUAUUGUGUAAAUAUAUAUUUAGGCAGCUUUUUCAAAUGCAUAUCAUAGCUGAUAAACCAGAAAAACUCCAUUCAGGUCUAUUGGUUAGACUUAUAUGUACAAAUACUUUUUAAGCAACAUAUUUUGUAUGCAACUGUUCCUCUCGUAAAUAUGUAUUUAGGACACAAACUAUGUAGUAAAAAUCCUUAUUAAAGAAGUCUAAUAUCUUGGUAGUAUUUUUCUCUUCAGAAUGCCAAAAGUGACGAGAGCAUGUUGUUCAUAAUUUGCUUUCCAAAUUCAUCUUUAAAGUCACUCUUAAACUACUUCGGCUUAAUUGUGAAGUCUGGAAUAGGAAUGCAGAAAGUAAACUGACUUAAUGCUCUUAUAGAGGCCUGCUUAAAACUCACGUAGACAUGGAUGCUGAACUUGAAGCACAUCUGAAUUAACUUAGGGAAUUGGAUGUCUAAGAAAAACACUGUCUACACUUCCUUACGGCUGUGCAGGAUCUUCACUGAGUGGUGCAGCUCCAUUGCUUCUCUUGCCAUCUUCCUAGGUUUAUUUUUCUGCAGUUUCCAAAGCCUGUGCUCACUGCUUGCUUGUCACAUUCUCGUGUUCUCAAAAGGAAAACAAACGCACAAUUCUGUUCCUUGCUUUCUGUACAGCGUUUAUUUGUAAUUCAUGAUCUGUUUUCUCUGAACGGUUUGGCUGCCUUGGAGUAGAGCAGUUUAACCUGGCACGCUCGUACCUGCUCUGGUCUCUUACCAAACACGUCGGUCCUCCGUGCCAUUCAGUCACCUCAGCAGGCCACCUUCUGCUGGUUUUCAGCAAUGAUUGCUUCUGUCCAAAAGUAGAAUGGUUUUUGAAGAAGAUGGUAGGUUAACAGUGUACCGCUGUGGUAGAUAAAAGGCAUGUGCACUUCUCUGUAUUUCUCACUUAGAAAUGUUAUCCCCUGUCCUGAGGUACAGUAAAAAGAGUCCCUGUUCUCAUCACAGUGCACUGGGAUUUAUAAACUCCGUGCCUGAGGUAAUCUGAGUCGAGCAAAGCCCCAGGCACUGAGGUGACAUACACCCCUAGGAAUAGUCUCCAGAAUGUUUGUGCAUACACUCAUGUGAUAAAAGCAUCAUAGAGAUAGGAGCUGAUCUCUCGAUAGCUACAGCUUGUGAAUAGUUUGGAAACAUUUCGAGCACAAAAUAAGCAGCACAGUGCUUGCCCGGGUGAGGGGGUUUGCAUGGUGAAGGUGGGACGCAUUGUGUAAGCUGCUGCAUUGCCCACUUCUUGUCAAGGUCUUCCUGCGUUGGGUCAGAUAGAGCUGGCAGAGCAUAGACACUUUAUCAUAGGCUGCCUUAGUAACAAACAAACGUUCAAUCUGUUUUAUUCCGCUAACUGUUCUAAAGGACGUGCGUCUUCUAAAAUGCUGUGUAACUAUUUAUUUCCAUGUGAGUAUUAUAAAAGUUACCAAAGGAUUAAACCUGACUUAGCACUCUUGUGAGGGACCCUGUCUCAGCAGGGUCUCGUGGAGGCCCUGCUCUGUAAGGCACGGCGCGGUGAACUCAAAUACAGCUCUUCAAGGAAAUGAGAUGUUUUUUCUAACAGGGUUAUGCCAUAUUGUAACAACCUAUGUUGCACCUCAAAGCAUUUUUCUAUACACUAAAUGCCUCUCCCGCCCUCUAACAAGAUUAAGUUUCCUUUGUUAGUUUUGUUGAUGCACAUUUCUCGAUCUUUUAAACAUUUUAAACAUUUUAUGGUCUGUAACUUUUGGAAGUUUUGUCUGUUGAACACUUUACGCUGAAUUUUACUUGCCUCUGUGAUCCGAGAUGGAUACUACAGCGUUACACUUGCUGUCUGUUCAAAGUUGAGGCUUCUUUUCUGUGAGCAGAAAAGCUCAUAUAGCAGUGUAGUUAUUUCAGUAUUUAUUUCUAUUAUUGAAUCCAUGGGGUUCAGAAUGUAACUUUGUACAUGAAAUAUAUAUAUAAAUAUGUAUAUGAAACAUG